GAAAGGGAGACUCCCCUGUGUCGCCCAGUAGGGCCCACAGUCUCCGCUGCAGCCAAGCAGAAUCGGUUAGGCAAAAGUUGCCUCUCCCGGAGACAUUCUUGCCCUGCCCAGAAGAGGAUCAGGAAGCCCAGGGAUGAAAGGUGCCAGGUUGCUGCCUAUGGCUUGGCCUGUGGCUGAGAAGUUCUGGUGGGAAUCAAGCAUGGAAUGGCAGGGCUCAUCGGGGUGUCCUUCUGCAGCUAAAACUGCCUCCUUCCAGGAUGCUGUGCGCAUGCUCAACACCCUGCAGACGAAUGCCAGCUACUUGGAGCAGGUAAAACGCCAAAGGAGCGACCCUCAGGCACAGCUGGAAGCCAUGGAGAUGUACCUGACACGGAGUGGGCUGCAGGUGGAGGACUUGAACCGGCUGAACAUCAUCCACGUCACUGGGACCAAAGGGAAGGGCUCCACUUGUGCCUUCACGGAGCGAAUCCUGAGGAAUUAUGGCCUGAAGACUGGAUUCUUUAGUGCCCACCAACUGAAGCCACCACUGCACCACCAGGUGCGUGAGCGGAUCCGUCUCAACGGGCAGCCCAUCAGCCCUGAGCUCUUCACCCAGCACUUCUGGCGCCUUUACCACCGCCUGGAGGAGACCAAGGAGGACAGCCACGUCUCUAUGCCCGCCUACUUCCGCUUCCUCACACUCAUGGCCUUCCAUGUCUUCCUCCAAGAGAAGGUGGACCUGGCAGUGGUGGAAGUGGGCAUCGGCGGGGCUUAUGACUGCACUAACAUCAUCAGGAAGCCUGUGGUGUGUGGAGUGUCUUCCCUUGGCAUUGACCACACUAGCCUUCUGGGGGACACGAUGGAGAAGAUCGCAUGGCAGAAAGGGGGCAUCUUUAAGCAUGGUGUCCCUGCUUUCACUGUGCUGCAGCCGGAAGGUCCCCUGGCCGUGCUGAGAGAGCGAGCUCAUCAGAUCUCAUGUCCUCUUUACCUAUGCCCACCCCUGGAAGCCCUGGAGGAGGGCGGGCCACCACUGACCCUGGGCCUAGAGGGAGAACACCAGCAGUCCAACGCGGCCUUGGCCUUGCAGCUGGCGCAUUGCUGGCUGCAGCAGCAGGACCACCUGGACAUCCAGGAGCUGAAGGGAUCCAGGCUGAGUGUUCCACACCAGCUGCCCCUGGCACCUGUGUUCCAGCUCACAUCCCACAUGCGACACGGGCUCCGUGAUGCAGAGUGGCCUGGUCGGACACAGGUGCUGCGACGCGGAUCCCUCAUCUGGUACCUCGACGGUGCCCACACCACCAGCAGUAUGCAGGCCUGUGUGCGCUGGUUCCGCCAAGCAGUGCAUGGCAGAGAGCAGCCCAGCAGUGGGCUCGAGGUCCGUGUCUUGCUCUUCAACUCCACCGGGGACAGGGACCCCGCGGCCCUGCUGAAGCUGCUACAGUCCUGCCACUUUGACUAUGCUGUCUUCUGCCCCAACCUGACCGAGGUGUCACCCACAGAUAACGCAGAUCAGCAGAACUUCACGGUGACUCUGGACCAGGUGCUGCUCCGCUGCCUCCAGCACCAGCAGCACUGGAGUUUCCUGGCUGCGGAGCGGGCCAGCCUGGUGCCCGACGGGUCAGCCUCCCUGCUGCUGGCGCCCCACCCCGGCAGCCCAUGCUCCCUCGUCUUCAGCUGCAUCUCUCACGCCUUGCAGUGGAUCAGCCAGGGCCGGGACCCCAUCUUUCAGCCCCCCAGCCCUUCCAAGGGCCUCCUCAGCCACCCCACGGCCAGCAGUGGUGCCAGCAUUCUCCGGGAGGCUGCUGCCAUCCACGUGCUGGUCACUGGCAGCCUGCACCUGGUGGGUGGCGUCCUGAAGCUGCUGGACCCCUCCCUGUCCCAGUAGUCACGGUGGUGUGGUUGAAGAGGAAAUCUCCCAGCCCUGCCUUCUCGCCACAGACGUACACCAGGUGCCUUGAGGUUUCUGCUGUCUGGGCUCUGGCCUAGGGCCCUGAGCUCUAGGUGGAGGAGUAGAGGGCCAGGAGAAGCUCUGCACUUUGGUCUCUCCUUCCUCUGGCCAAGGCAGCAGGGGACUUGGGGGUCUCCACCACUGUAGUAGUCUCCUCACCACCUGCCUGCCUCCUGGCUCAGGCCCAGCUUAUGGGUGAGCUGCCUGACCAGCCUACCGUCCUUCUGCAGGCUGGGCCAGAGACUUCCUCAUCCCAGUGCCUUCUGAGAAGGAAGAGGAUCCCUGCCUAAGACUCUGUAUGGACACAGGGUGGCUGGAAUGAAUUAAAGCUUUUAAAGCUUUU